CUUGUGUGAGAAAAAGCUGGCACUUUCCUUUGUAACAGCAAAUGUCUCGACAAAAACUGAAAAAUUCAGAUAUUUGUGAAGUUGAGAGUAAGGCGCAAAGAACAGAAACAUGAUUCUAAAGUACAUACCACUAGAUGAAGGGAUGAUGAUAAUGGAUGAGGCGAUCAUGAAGGCAAAGAAGAUUAUUGAAGGGAACCCCGAAACAAAGUUCUCUGGAGAAGAAUACCAGAGGUUCUAUGAGUGUGUUUAUUCAUGUGCACUUACCAUACCUCUAACGAGAAAACAAUGCAGCUUUACGAGAAAUUCCGAAACAGCUUGGAAGAGAGCAUAUUUUCAACGGUACUGCCAAAUUUAAUCAAUAAACAAGGUGAAAAUUUGUUGAGAGAGUUCGUUGUCAUAUGGUCUAAUUAUAAGCUGAUGGCGAGAUGGUUAUGUAGAUUCUUUGAAUACCUCGAUCGCUUCUUUAUCCCUCAACAUAUUGAGCUUGAGUCACUAAAUGGCAUCUCUUUUAGUUGUUUCAGGGAAAUGGUCUUCAAGAAGUUAUACUGUAGAUUCAUUGAGGCCGCAUUAACGUUGAUCAAUCAGGAGCGCGAGGGACUACCGAUUGACUGUGUCCUGCUGAAGAAUGUCUUGGAUAUCUUUGUGGAAAUUAGUGACGACAGAGGGACUAACUAUUAUAAAGAUUUUGAGCAGAUCUUGCUUACAGAAAUCUCUUGUUACUAUUCUCGAGUGGCAUCAGAGUGGCUUUUGCAUGACUCAUCGGCUGAAUAUGUUCAAAAGGUUUUCUGGUGCUUUAAUAGGGAGAAGCAAAGAGCUCAUCAGUAUCUACAUCCUGACACAGAAACUAAAAUAGUGCAGGUUGUCAGAUAUCAUUUGCUGGAUCAAAUUGCCAAUAAACUGAUGGAGAAAAAGCAAGCUGAGAAUUCUGGCAUAAUGACAGAUUAUCAGGAAAUAUUGUCAAAAUGUGCUGGCAUGUCCCUUCAAGAGGGAAGUUCAUCCACAUCAUCCGAAGAAUGGCUCUCGAAGCUAAUGGCAAGUUCAGCACAUAUAUGUUAAAUUCUCAUUGGAAGAACUAUCAAAUGUUUGUACAAAUAACUUUGGGAAAAUAUAGUUACUUAUAAUCGACCUAGUGCUUUUUCUUUUCUAUUUUCCAAAAAGCGAAAUUAAGCUUCUGCUGUUCAUUAGUCGAUUGUUUGAAUGAAAUUGAGAUGUUUGUAUUUUGUUUUCGCCGACUACAGAUUCUCCCGGAAAAUAUCCAAGUGCUCUUUGCUGCUUAAACCAUUUAGUUUUUUUUUUCCGAGUAAACCUGAAAAACUAACGUAGACCCCUUUUUAAUCA